AUGUGGCCAUUCACAUCAUCAUCUGGUGGAAAAGAUGCUUCAGAGUUAACUAAAGAAUUACCUGAUAAUUUAAAACAGUUUUUCAAUGAAGUAAAUCCUGAACCAAAUCAUCAAUCCAUAUUCGAAAUAUCACCACAUCAGAAGAGAGUAAAUGAAGUUCUAAAAAGAGAAGAUGAUUUGAAACGACCAUAUGAUGAUGAAUUCUACAAAUACAAACAAACAGAAAAGGCAAAGAAAGCGUGCUCCAUAAAUUGUUCUGAAGUAAAUCUGCAAAUAUUAGAGUGUUUCAAAAAUUGGAAUUAUACUAGUUUUGAUACUCCAUGUUCAAAAGAAAUUGCUGCCACUACUAAAUGUCUAGAGGUUCAAAAGAACGCAUUCAAGAAGUUACAUUAUGAUGAAUGUAUAAGUAUAAAACAGUGUAACCAAAUCAGAUAUAUUAUAGAUAAAAUGUUCACUGAAAAUUUCGGUCAAUUAGGGAAUGAAAUAAAUGAUCAAACUCAUAAGAAAUUCGAUCAAGAUUUAGAUAAAGUGUUUUGGAAGAUAUGGAGAUAG